AUGGACGCUCAACAACAAUCGAACAAGGCCCAUAGAGGCGGUUCGAAUAGAACUACCGCCAAGAAGAAGCUUCACCAGAAUGGCCAAAACAUAAAAGCUUUUGCCGUUUCUGCACCAAGAAAGUUGGAACGUAUGGCAAGAAGAACUCAUGAUGUGAAUGAAAAGAAGUUACAUGUCCCUAUGGUUGAUCGUACACCUGAUGACGACCCACCUCCAGUGAUAGUUGCAGUUGUCGGUCCUCCAGGAACUGGGAAAACUACAUUAAUAAAGUCACUUAUUCGUAGAUUAACUAAAACUACUUUAACUGAAGUGAAAGGUCCAAUCACGGUCGUCAGUGGGAAAAGAAGGAGAUUGACUUUUAUUGAGGGAAAUAAUGAUUUGAAUUCAAUGAUUGAUAUAGCUAAGAUCGCAGAUUUGGUUUUGUUAUUAAUUGAUGGGAAUUAUGGAUUAGAAAUGGAAACUAUGGAAUUCUUAAAUAUUGCUCAACAUCACGGUAUGCCAAGAGUGCUUGGUGUUGCCACUCAUUUGGAUUUAUUCAAGUCUCAAUCCACGUUACGUACGUCUAAGAAAAGGUUAAAGCAUAGAUUUUGGACUGAAGUUUAUCAAGGUGCAAAAUUGUUUUAUCUUUCCGGGGUUAUAAAUGGUCGUUAUCCAGAUAGAGAAAUCCUUAAUUUAAGUAGAUUUAUAUCAGUCAUGAAGUUCAGACCACUUAAAUGGAGAAAUGAACACCCAUAUCUUUUAGCAGAUAGAAUCACCGAUUUAACACAUCCUCAAUUAAUUGCUGAAAAUCCUAAAUGCGACAGAAAAAUCGCUGUUUACGGAUAUCUCCACGGGACUCCAUUACCUUCAUCAGGUGCUCAUAUCCACAUUGCCGGUGUUGGUGAUCAUUAUGUCCACUCGGUAGAAAAAUUACCUGAUCCAUGUCCUACUCCAUACUUUGAACAAAGACUCGAAGAAAUCGAACGAGAACGGGCAAAAGCUGCAGCCGAAUCAGGAGAACCAUUAGCAAAGACCACAAGAAGAAGAAAGAGAUUAGAAGAUAAACAGAAGAUCAUAUAUGCUCCAAUGUCUGAUGUUGGAGGUGUUCUUGUAGAUAAAGAUGCUGUAUACAUUGAUAUUGGUAAAGAAAGUUUCAAUAAAGAAGCUGGAGACGGAGAAAUGGGAGAAGGUGAAAAAUUAGUUACUGAUUUACAAGAUGUUGCAAAGACCAUGACAGAAAGGAUGGAAGAAGGACCUGGUUUACAAUUAUUUUCUAGUUCAAGGGCCCUUAAUGAAGUUGAUAACGACGAGGAAGAUGAAGAAGAUGGCGGGUUAUUAUCUGAUUUAGAUGAGGAAGAAGAAGACGAAGAUACUAGAAAAAACACAGGUAGAAAGUCAUUGAGAAAAGCUCGUGUGUAUGGGAAGUCAAUCACUGAAGAUGAUGAAUUUGACAAUGAAGAAUCAGACAACGAAGAUUUUGACGAAGAAGACGAGCCUCGUAUGGUUGAAGUUGAUUUCGGAAAUGACAAAUACAAAGAAAGCGAAUUGGAAUUUGUCGAAGAUACUUCAUUGUCUUCAGAUGAAGAUGAAGACUAUAGAGCAACUGCUUCGAGAUUAGCAGGAUCUGUUCGUAGAAAAUGGGAUAUCAACAAAUUACUUUAUUUACCCAACAUAGAACCUGCUGAUGUUAUUAAAAGAUGGAUUGGGGACGAGGAUGACGAAGAUGAAGAAGAGGAUAUCGAGCAAGAUGAUGACGAUUUCUUUAGGAAGAAGGAUAUAAAAGAAAUUGCAGAAGAUUUGGAUACUAUGAAACCAGUAUAUCCUUCAGUUGAAGAUCUUAAAGCAAAAUUCGAUGCCAACAGCAUAGACGAGGAGAAUAGCGACGACGAGUAUGAAAAUGGAUAUAAAAUCUUAAAAUCUAGACUCUUAGUUGCUCCAAAGUUGAACGACGCAGAUAAGCAAGAAGAUGGAAGCGAUGAAGAUGACGAUGAAGAAGAAUUGUACGGAGAUUUUGAAGAUUUAGAAGCCGAAGGAGAUGAAGGACAGGCUAAAGCUGGUUCUGACGAGGAUGGGGAUGAAGAAGAAGGUAGCGAUUUCGCCGACUUUGAAGCCGAAGAGGAAAAAGCUGAACUCAGCGAAGAUAACGAAGAAGAAGCUGCAGAGGAUGAAAAUAUGACAGUGGAAGAAAAGAGACAAUUAAAUGCUGCCAAGAAGGCUAAAUUGAAAAUGCAAUUCGAAGAGGAAGAAUAUCAAGAAGACCCAGAAGCUGACAACGAAGCUGAGACAUGGUAUGAGUUCCAAAAGAAUAAAAUGGCUAAACAGUUGGAAAUUAAUAAGGCUGAAUUUGAAGAAAUGGAUCAAAAUACAAGAAUCAAAAUCGAAGGAUACAAAGCUGGUUCAUAUGUCAAGAUUGUUUUUGAUAAGCUCCCUUGUGAAUUUGUUGACAACUUACAACCAGAGUACCCAAUUGUCUUAGGUGGGUUAUUACCAACUGAGUCAAGAUUUGGUAUUAUGAAUGUCAGAAUUAGAAGGCAUCGUUGGCACAAGAAGAUCUUGAAAUCUCAAGAUCCUUUAAUUUUGUCUUUGGGUUGGAGAAGAUUCCAAACCAUCCCUAUCUAUACCACUUCAGAUUCUAGAACCAGAAAUAGAAUGUUGAAAUAUACUCCAGAACAUGCAUACUGUUUUGCUUCCUUCUAUGGUCCUUUAGUUGCACCAAAUACUACUUUCGUUGGGUUCAACCUUGUCGAUAAUCAAUCUACUACUGGUGCUUUUAGAGUUGCUGCAACUGGUAUUGUUGAAGAUUUGAAUUCAUCAGUUGAAAUUGUCAAGAAAUUAAAAUUGGUUGGUUAUCCAUAUAAAAUUUUCCGUAACACGGCCUUUGUAAAAGAUAUGUUUUCAAAUGCUUUAGAAGUUGCUAAAUUUGAAGGUGCUCAAAUCAGAACUGUUUCAGGUAUACGAGGAGAAAUAAAGCGUGCACUUUCUAAACCUGAUGGUCAUUUCAGAGCUACUUUUGAAGAUAAAAUCUUGAUGUCUGACACUGUCUUUUUGAAGACUUGGUAUCCAGUUAAAGUCAAGAAGUUUUAUAAUCCUGUUACUUCCUUAUUGCAAGGAAAGCAUUCUGAAUGGAAGGGUAUGAGAUUGACUGGUCAAGUUAGAGCCGCACAAAAUAUUGCCACUCCUUUGAACAAUGAUAGUGCUUAUAAAAAGAUUGAAAGAGCAGAAAGAAGAUUCAAUCCUUUGAGAGUCCCAAAAUCUAUUAAAGAAACAUUGCCAUUCAAAUCUCAAAUCCAUCAAAUGAAGCCACAAAAGAAGAAGACUUAUAUGUCCAAGAGAGCUGUCGUUUUAGGUGGAGAAGAAAAGAAAGCAAGAGAUUUGAUGCAAAAGAUUGCCACUAUUAGAAAAGAGAAGGAAGCAAAGAGAAGGACUAAGAAGGAUGAAAAAUUCAAAGAAAAAUUGAAGACUAUCGCCAAAAAGGAAGAAUUAAGGAAAGACAAAGAAAGAGAACGUAAAAAGGAGUAUUUUGCUAAAGAAGGUAAGAAGAGAGGUUUAGGUUCUAGUGAAGGAAACAGCCAGGCAUUUGGUAAGAAGAAAAGAACCUAA